AUGCGAGUGACUGACGAGACGGCAAAAUUUUAUCAUAUAUUGGCCAGCCUCGAUCGCCAAUAUGCCGCCGAGGUAGAAGACGUGCUCACCGGUCCUCCCGAUUACCAGCGGCUUAAAGAGGAGCUGAUAAAAAGGUUGUCGGCGUCCCGCAGUAACAAGGUGAAGCAGCUAUUGACGCACGAGCAGCUCGGUACCCGCAAACCGUCACAAUUCUUGCGUCACCUACAACACCUCGCCGGACCGGAGAUCCCGGAGGACUUCCUGCGGACUAUAUGGACCAGCCGGCUACCAACCACGUUGCAGCCGAUCGUCGCGUCGCAGUCGACGCUUCCAUUGGACGCACUCGCCGAGCUCGCCGACUGUGUCCACGAGAUCGCAGCCCCAGUACACCACGUCGCGGCAACCGUGACGUCAUCAUCAUCAUCGUCAUCACAAAUCGACAGGCUGUCCCAACAAGUAGCGGAGCUGACGCGGCAAGUCAGCGCCCUGAUGACGCAGGUGCAUCAUCAACCGCGGCCGCAGGAGCGCGGGCGCGAACUUGGACGUCAACGACAACGCAGCCACUCAUCAUCACGUCGGGGUCACCAGUUUGGUUGUCGUUGA